UCAAUCAAAUAUUUUCCAUGUCAGAACUCCCGAAAGUAUUACAUCUACUCUUUCUAUACUGCAGCAAAAACCAAAAGUAUGUAUAAAUUUCUCUUUCAGUUCCGUAGAAGAGCUUGAAGCUUCAUCCUACAUUCUCAUUUUGUGUCUUACUACCAAUUUGUCUGAGCUAGCCACCAUCGCUUCCAACACCAACCAUUAUUGAGCUGAGAAUUAAUAAAGACCAACGUUACCAAAAACCUCCAUUGAAACUCCCUUCAAGCUCUGUAAGUUUCAAAGAUGACUGAUGCUCAGCAAAUGCUUUCGUCUAUUACUCGCCGUUUUUUCAAGGUGGUUAGCGAAGACACCCUUCGACAAAAAAAGAUUCGUAUUCCAAGAAAAUUUGUGAGGAAAUAUGGAGAAACCCUCACUAGCCCUAUUACUCUGCGACUUCCAUGUGGUCUAGAAUGGCAAAUAGAAUUGGAAAAAUGUGGUGGUGAAGUUCGGUUAGUGAAGGGUUGGCUGGAAUUUGCAAAACACUAUUCGAUAGAGCAGGGCCAUUUUUUGGUGUUCAGAUACGAAGGGAAUUCUAACUUCCAUGUUAUUAUAUUUGAUAAUACUGCUGUGGAGAUCGAGUAUCCCAUUGAUCCCACACAGUUUGACAAGAAGUCCAACGUUGGCAAGGAUAAGGUCAUCGAACCCAAGAGGGAGGAAAUGGAAUAUGAUGAUUCUCUGUUUCCUAAGACAGGGGAUGAGUCUUCUUUCCAAUAUUCUUGGCCUCAGAAGAGAAUGAGAACCAUCAAUAAAACGUAUUCUACCCAUUUGAGCAAGCCGAAAUCCAACGUGAUUGGUAGGAAACAACGUUUGUCUAACAGUGAAAGAGAUAAAGCUAUUGGAAGAGCUGUUAGCGGGUUUAAAUCUGAAAACCCUUUCUUCUUGGUAGUAAUGCAGCCAUCAUAUGUGAUCAGUGGUCUUAAUAAUGUGAUAAUACCCAGGAAGUUCGCUGAGAGAUACAUGACUAAAAAUGAAGGUGAGCUCACCCUUCGGAUUUCAGAUGAUAGAUGUUGGCCUAUUCGCUACAAAACCAAGAUCAGUUUGAAUAAUAAAAGUGAACGUACUGAAAUAGUUAAUCGUGGUUGGAAAGCAUUCGCAGGCGACAAUAAUUUGGAAGUAGGUGAUGUUUGUAUUUUCGAGCUAAUCGCUAGUGGAAAUAAAAUUUUACAUUUUCAAGUUUCCAUAGUCCGACAUGCUGACCAUAUCACUCCAGGCAAGUUUGAAGAGAAGAAUAGUGAAAGACCUUCAAUAUUUUCAGAAGGAUCAGCUUCCAAAUAUCCCUCUUUCCAAUUGUUGUUGCCUAUAUCUUCUUUUCGUUGCUCACAUUUGUCUAUACCUUGUGGUUUUGCUCGGACAAUGUUUAAAAAGAAGAGGCGGCAAGAGUUGGAGCUUAAGGUGGGAAAGAAAAGGUGGCAUGUGAAGUUGAUAAACGAUGGGACCAAAUAUUUUUUGUCAGGAGGAUGGAUUGUAUUUGCAAAGGAUAAUCGUCUUCGUGCCGGAGAUGUUUGCUGCUUUCAGAUAAUUCAGAGGAAGCCAGUUGUGCUGCAAGUUUCCAUUACACGUACCAAUUAAUCAAAAAAGUUGUAAACAAAAAGGUUAAAAAGAGGUUUGAUUUCUAUCGAUAUUAAUACAUAUGGAGAAUCGAGAAGUGCUAUACAAAAGGUUGAAAAAUUGGAAUUUCAAGAGCUGGGAAGCUGAAGAGCUACAUGAAUGCAUGACAUGUCCCGUUCCCAAGACUCCCGCAACUCCCUAACUUGUGGUAGUUGAAUGGGGUGCUUCUUAACUCUCGAGGCCGGAUAGAGAUUGAAAAAACCUCCAAGUCCAA